AGUUUCAAUUAUUCAUGCGGACCAUAUACAUGCGAUUCUAAAGUCGAAGUAUGUCAAAGUAUUUAUGGCAUUAACGAUGGAUGUAUCCCAAGAGAAAAGCUAGACGUCUCCAUUAUAACAAAAGAAAUCAACUCAUGGUCUGAAAAUAACAAUAAAGAAAACUUUACUCAAUAUGAUGCCAUUAUUCAAAAUAAUGUAAAUAGAGAUAUUAAACAAAUCUAUGUUUAUAUUGAUCCAAAAAAGUUUAUUCUAAGAGAUAACUCCUCGCUCUGGAAUAUGAUACCAGAUACAACCAAAGAUAACCAUUUAAUAUUACCAACGUAUCAAGAAACUAUUAGUGCUGGUAAAAGUUUCGUUUUUGGAUUUAUCAUAGAA